UCAUGGUUGUCGCAGCGUGAAGGAUGCUCUAGCUCCUCGACCAAAUAAGAGAAGACGCCUGGAAGACAUUGCUGCAGACCCAGGACCGUCAUCGCGACCACAUGUUCACAAGGCGGACAAGAAUGGUAAGACAAGCGCUCCAGCCUCUUCGGCAUCAGCCUCUCCGCUAGAUCAGUUCAUGGAUGCUAUGCAAACCUGCACGACAAAGGGUCCAUCGUGGGCAAAUGAAGCUAAGGAAUCACAUUUAGUACUACCGACCGGCCCUCCGGAGACAAUGACCACAUCCGAUGGACCAGAUAGUAAUGAGGCUGUCAUGGACUUCGAAUGGAUGCGACAACGUAUGAACCUGGUGUCAGAUUCAUUACCCGAUAAAGUCUUUGAGCAAUCAGAUGACGAGCACCAGGUUGGCGCCAUUCCUGAGGAACACCAGGACUCGACAACAAAGACGAUUAUGCACACGUCUCGAUUAUUUCUUCGAAACCUUGCCUUCUCAUGUACGGAAGCCGAGGUCAUGGAGCUAUUUCAGCCGCUCGGGGAAAUUGCACAGGUGAGUAUCCCGCAGCCUUGUCGUGUAUUCUCCAUUUCUUUUGCUUUUUCUUGAUGAUAAACAUUUAGGGACAUCUGAUCCUCCAAGGAUUUGCUGAUCCCCGGGAACCAAUAGUAGAAAAUUUAUCUGAUUUUUAUUCCCAUUUUAUAAUUUGUGUCGCUGAUCACCUCGCUGACUCAUCCCUAUCCUGACAGGGCCAUAUAUCCAUUGACCACUUGUCUAAGCAGCCGACAUCUGCCCUCUCGGCGUAUGAGACAC